AUGAGUGCCUCUGUAGAUCCAAGCGGAGAAUUCCAAAUGUGCCACAGCUCUCAACUACGUCUUAAUCGGAUCUAUGAUCCUCACGUUAUGCCACGCAGUGGUGGGCCGUUGUUGUGUUGCGAGUUGGGUGGUUUCGUCAUUUUAAGCACCUUCUUUGGAGGGUCCGCUUCACCGUCCGGCGAAAUGGUUAAAGGGAAACUUUAUGGCAACAAAGACAACUUCAGGACACAGAAGGUCCUGAUCGCGGCAAAGCUUGGAGAUGCCGAGUUGCAGUUGGCCGGCGAAGUUCCGCCUGCUGAUAAGUUCCCGCUUGGCGUGACACCAGCAUUUGAAGGAGAUGUCAACCUUUUUGGUGCUGAGUCGAUUGCCAUCCAUGUAGCUGGCUGUGCAAGUGGGUGCGCCAAGAACUGCGCGGAAACCGUACAAUGGCUCCAGUGGGCUGAAGGCAGUUUGCUUCCAACAGUACUUGGAUACGUUCUUCCGUCAAUUUCGGCAGCGCAUCUUGACAAGAAAGUUGUCGACAUGUACAAGGCGGAACUCCUUGCUCAACUAACCCACCUUGACGAAAUCCUUCUUUCGAAAACCUUUCUCGUUGGAGAGCGUCUCUCAUUGGCUGAUGUUUCUGUGGCUCUAGACCUGCUUCCUGCCUUUCAGCAUGUUCUCGAUGCAUCCAUCCGCAAAAAGUUUGGAAAUGUCACGAGGUGGUUCCAAACUGUCGUUCAUCAGCCUAUCGUCAAGGACGUUCUAAAGGAAGUGCAUCUCUGCGACAAAGUAUCACAGUUCAAUCAAGCAAAGUUCAACGAAAUAUCGUCGAAGCACCAGCACCAUGCAAAGCAUGCUCCAAAGAAGGAAGAGAAGAAAAAGGAUCAUCCGAAGCCUGCUCCCAAGGCAAAAGAGGCAGAAGUUGAUGACGGCGCCGAUGACGGCGUCGUCGUUGAGAAAUCGAAGGAUCCAUUCGCAGAUAUGCCUAAAGGAACGUUCGUGAUGGACUCAUUCAAGCGAGUGUAUUCGAACGAAGACACUGCAACGAAGGCAAUUCCCUAUUUUUGGGACAACUUCGACGCCGAAGGACGCAAAAGCAUUCUUUUUGAGUUUUUCCAGCCGUUGGUACAUACCUGCAAUAAUGUUCCAAAGAAUUCAACACUAGUGGGUAUGUACCAACGGCUGGAAAAACUCAAAAAGAAUGCUUUUGCGUCGAUGAUUCUUUUCGGAACCGACAAUAAUUCAACAAUCAGCGGUAUCUGGGUCUGGAGAGGCCAAGAGCUUGCUUUCCCUCUGUCUCCUGACUGGCAGGUGGAUUACGAAUCCUACACGUGGACAAAGCUCGACCCUAAGGAUGAGAAAACGAAGAAGAUGGUAAACGAGUACCUUAUGUGGGAGGGCGACUUUGACGGAAAGAAAUUCAACCAAGGGAAGAUUUUCAAAUAG